UCCGUGUCCAGCAGCGGGAGACAGUGAGAGCAGUCCGGAAACAGUGCGCUGUGAGCGGACCCACAAACCUCCAGCAGGACGGAGCAGCCUCCAGGUUCCUCCCCGGAACUCCGCUCUCCAGCCCCGCGGAGCUGAGAUGGAUUGACCGGAGCGGGGCCACCCUGAAGCCCGCGGCCGCUGCUGCCUCCUCCUGCCAAGUAGCCUCAUGGCUUCCCGGCUGCUGGAUCGUCUGAAACGCUCGCUGUUCAAAGAUGUUCACUGGGCAGUAACGGAACAGGAAGCAGGAGACACACAGGAAGUGGAGGAGUUUGAUGAGGAUCGGUUGGAGGCGGAACUGGCGGAGGAGGAGGAGUGUGUGACUGAUCGCCUUGGGGGGACUCUGUCCUUCGACAGCGCAGCAGGAGGAGGAGGACUGGAGGAAAGUGGCGAGGGCGAGGGGCAUGACAGUGACUCCGACUUCCUGGGAGAGUCGAUGGAGGAGGGGCUCAGCAGCACAGACGCCAGUCCUGUCGGCGCUUCACCGGUCGGCCCCUCCCCCUCCGCCCUGCUGACACGGCAGCUUCAGGAGAGCUGGAGGAACAUGUGCCGACUCGAUGGAGGAAGUCCCGUCCCCUCGGGAAGACGGCUGAUGGAUGACUUGUUGUUUGAGGUUACGGACGCCAGUGUGAUGCAGGACGGCUCCUCAAAGUACGUGCUGUACACCAUCCACGUGACCCAGACCGGUGGCAGCGAUAAGACGCCCGCUGUAAUCACUCGCCGCUACUCCGAUUUUCAGCGCCUUCAUGCCACGCUGCGGCGUUAUCAUUCAGACCUGAUGGAUCGUGUAUGUUUUCCACGUAAGAAGCUGCGGAGGAACUUCGCGGCGGAGACGAUCGCCAGGCGCAGCCGGGCCUUUGAACAGUAUCUGUCUCACCUGUGUUCACUGCCCACCCUGCGGGGGGCGCUCUGCGUGCGACAGUUCUUCUACCUGAGCGACCUGCAGACUGGGCAGCUGCUCAUCAGGGUGGGACGUUACCAGGAGGCACUGGGUCCGCUGCUCAACGCCAAGAGACUGCAACAGAAACUGGGCUGGGCCAGUUACUACGACGUCCAGGCUCAGGCCCCGCCCCCGGCCUCCUCCCAUUGGUUCUUCACUCUGGUGGGGCUGUCGUGCUGUUUCCAAGAAGUGGACCAGCUGGAGGAGGCGGGGGAUCACUGUGACCACGCCCUCCGUGUGCUGACGCCCGCUGACCCUCAAACUGACGACCAGGACAAGCCCAUCCCACAGACUGUUGCACCCCGCCCACACAUUGACAGGCCACACCCCCUCCUGUUACCGUUGCUGAGGGCGGUCGUUCGGCUUCUGUGGCAGACGGGAAAAGACAAACGGCAGUGGGAGGAGCUUUUGCAGCAGCUGGAGGAGCAAUGGGCGGGGCUAGACAAUCAGCCAACCAUGAUAGAGUUUCUGGUAAAACACAACCUGCAAGAGGGUGAGGUGGGGGGGUUAGCGUGACGACGCACAUCGCGGUACAAUCACGACAAUACAUCAAAAAAAUUAUCCCGAAUAAAAUAAGAUACGGACGAUAGUGAUGUCAUUCAGAGAAAAUUACAUUUAGAGGAAGAAGAAUUCUAUGUGCGAAAUAAAAAGAAUCUUAUCAAAGCCUAAUAUGAAAAUUAAGUUAUAAUAAAUCAAAACAAAUCGAAAGGUUUUAAGAAUUUCUCAGUAAUAUUUCUCGAUACAACUUCGAGAAAUGUAACAAGAAAAAGUCUAAAUAUUUAAUUAAUUAAUUCAAUAUUUCAAUAAACAAGUCUUUUAUUAUAAAUUAUUAUGAUUAUAAUUAAAAAAAGGUCAAUGGACAACAAGAACAUUCUAUUUAAAAAAAAGUUGUAAUAUGUCGACAAACAAGACAACUGUUGGAUUUUCUGUGAUAUUUGAGUUAAAAAUAUCAAAUUCCAACAUUUUGUAUUAUUUAAAUAAUUGAGUUGUGAUGGUUUGUUGUUCGUCUUCUCAGUCAAACUUUAAAAUGAAUUCAAAACUGUGACGCCUCAGAUCAGGAGGUGAGAGAAGCCUGGACUUUAAUAAUAAUGAUAAACACUAAACACUACUCCUUCAAAUCUUAGUUGUGAUGAGCAACUCAAAUCCAUAAAGGGAAACAUUCAAAAGGAAAAGGUAGAAACACACGUUUUUAGUUUAACUGAGAUGAGAUUGUUGAAACGCUGCUUCUUCUUCGUUUGAAAUGAAUCUUCAUUUUAGAAUUCUGAGGACAAAGUGAUGAUUGAACGAGGAAAACAAGUCCAAGGAUUUCAGACCUGAUGUUUGAUAUUAAUCCUCAGACAGAAACACUCGUCGGUUUCUCUCUCUUCAGAAACACGUUUUUUACUUUGAGAAGAAAUCGUUUUUCACUACGACCACGAUGACGACAGUAAAAGGGAAAAUGGUUCGAAAUAUUUGUUCUGCCCGUUAAACGUUGACUGAUAUUUAACAGAAUCAACCAAUCAGAACAUCUGCUGUUACGUAUGCGUUGAAAGGCCAUUUUAUAUUUUCCUGCACCUUCUGAAGAAUGUUGCAACAUUUCAACGCCACGGCGACGGCGCGGCGACCACGAGCCGUGGUUGGAUCAUAACUCUACGAAGUUCUAAAAUACUUCAAUAUGAAACAUUGUUUUUCAGAACACAACCUGAUCAGGAUUAUUCACUUAGAUUUAAUUCAGAUACUUUUACUGCACUUUUCUUUUUUACAUCAUGACUCAGCAUCUUAGCUGUUUUCACCUGUCAUGCCUCAUUUGAAUGAUUUUAGAAGUGUUUCCUGUUGCCAGUUUGUAAAGUUGAACCGUCACUGAGGCAUUAAAUCAUCGAAUAAUCUUCAUCAGUACGAAGCACUGACUCCUCCUCCUCCUCCGUCAGCGGACUGAAAGUGUUUUCUGAGCUGUGUGUUUAUGUGCAUCCAGUUGCUAUGGAGACCAGUGGUUGUGGUCACGCUGACCUGGAGUGGACGAUGGAAUAAGGGACCAACACACACGAGGAGACACCGAGGAUGUGGAACUUUUUAAGAUGAACGGAUCACAUGGGGAAAAUGAGUCUGGCCGGUACUUUAAAUAUAUAUAAAGUUUAAAGAUGAUGCACAUGUACAGAUUUAUGCACAAAUACUGGUGAUAAACUGAUGAACGCUGCUUCCAUCACAUCCACAGAUUUAAUAACACUCUGGACUUUUUACUUUUCAGCUCAGACAAUGAAAACGCUGCAAAACUAAAAGUCGUUUCUUGUUUCUCUGUUUUCGUUUUCACAGACGACGCAGAAAAUGGUUUGUUUGAUUCGAUUGAGACUCUGUCAGGUUUUUAAAAUGUAUUUUGGAGAAACUGUAGAUACACUAACUCUGAAUUGAGCUGAUUUGAAUGUUUCUAUUUGAACUCAAGGUUUUAGUGAUUUAUUUUUGAAGUGAUUUCACUUCCUCGUGUUGGAACGCAGCCCUCCUCCCUCCUGUGGAAUACUUUAGAAGGUGGAUUUAUCUUUAUAGAGCUUGUGUACGUGCAGUUACAUUUCCAAGUAUAUUUUAUUGAAUAAAUUUGUUACAAAAUCUCA